AUGGAAUCGCCACUUAUAUAUGUUUCAGUUUUGCUUUUGAACAUAUUUGAAUUUUCAUCAGGAAUAGUAUAUAAUAAAGGUGAUACAGAGAAACGCUUUGCAUGUUCUGACAAAGGGUUCCCUCAAGAGAAUGAAAUAAUCAAGUUGUAUCUUUUCUUAGAAAACUUGAAAAUCCAGUGUUUCUUCCAAACUGAAAAUGAAAUUGCAUCAAAAGGAAUGCUAAGUGUCUUCACAUCAGGAGGACUUGCUCCCAGCUUAGGAAUCAUGAAUAGUACAUAUAAUGGCAUCUUCCACUUUAAUUUAACGUUGUUCAGUGAUCGGAUUUUGUGGUUGGUUGAUAUUCCUAGAGAAAACAUCACACAAAGCACAGAUAUUGCAGCUGUAGAAGAAUGGUUAGUAAGGAUCACUUUACAUCAUGGACUAAAUAUUUAUGCUACUGAAGGAACUCUAUUGGAUGGUAUUCGAGAACCGAUUCUUCAGUGGACUCUUGGGGAUGUGAUUCCAGAAAGCGAGAUCAGUAAAUUAUAUCCACAUGUGGUAGAUCUCAAAGUGACAAAAUGCCCCUGUGCCAAUGAUGUGGCAUUACUAGGCUUCGUUGUGGAUACAAUACUUGAUGGUGUUUACAUAGGCAUAACCUUUGGUGGAUUCUGGCAUGAUCAUGAUACCACAUGGUUUAACAUGACACAGACUAUCUAUUCCCAACUUCAAGAAGAACAUGAAGACCUUUCAUUGGUGGAUAUGGUUUUAACGAAUCACUUUUUAGUUAUCCUCACCUCUUUGGGCCUUUUUGUCAGUGAAGAUCUUCGUUAUCCAUCACACUACAUCUUAUCGUUUUCCAGGGCAGACUUUUGUGGUUUUGAAAGGGUUGACUAUGUGAAAGGAAAAUUGUGGUAUAAUGAAAGAUGUUUUGCUAACAGAGAGCACUUUGAAGUUGAUUAUGUUACAGUCACCUUUGAGAGAAACAGAACCCUAAGUGAGUCAAGCUCUUGUUUUUAUAGUCAGGAACCAUUUCUUGAAUGGGUACCCUGCUUACCUCACAUUUUUAAAGGAAUAAAAAUUCUUCCAACUGUGCUAACAUUUCUUGUUGACCAAGAGCAUGGUACUGGAGUUUACCUCUUCUAUAACAAGGUCAGGAAAACUGCCAUUGCCUCUGUGAGCACCCUGAGAAAUAAUGAACCAAAUCCACAAUCAAAAUUUCCAAUUUUUCAGUUUCCUUCAUCGUUCUCUUCUCCCGUUGGAAUGGUAUUUCAUCCCCGAAGCCACUUUUUGUAUGCUUAUGGCAAUCAGAUAUGGCUUUCAGUUGAUGGCGGCAACACCUUUCAAUUAAUAGCUAACUUUCAUGAUGAUAUCAUAAAGAAGACUUUUCAUAGUUUUUAUACAUCAGCUAUUACUUUUGUUUCUCAACGUGGAAAGGUUUACUCAACAAAGGCAGGAAUGGGAAGAUACAGUGCAGUUGGAAGUGUUACUGAGAGAAUUUUCACAUUAUACUAUGAUCACUUGGGAUUCCUACAUAAGCUGACUCUGGGUCGCUUUGAAGCUAGUGGACCACCCACAGCCUUUGGAAAUUCUAGAAAUCUUUUUGGACAGCCUCCAGAUAUGGGCUUUGAGACUGCUCUUGCCCCACAGCAUACCUCCUUAGAUGAAAUUAUCUUUUUUGCAUAUGUACCUGAGAACGAACCCCAGGAAACAAUCUACAGCAAGAAGUUCAGCAAUAUACACUAUGGAAAAGUGAUACACUCUGGGAAAACUGGAAGAGCUUACAUAAGAAAGGUAUUGCAACAUACGACUCCUAAAGGAUUUUUGUCCUCAGUUAUUGCAGAAAUGAAAGAGCCCUUUGGAUUAGAAGAAGUGAAUGAGAGCUCUUGUUUGUCUAGUUCCCUUUUGAUUAAUAAAGCUGGAAAUGUCUAUAAACUCACUCUUGAUUCACAAGUUGUUCAGGCCUUGUUUGAAGAUACAGAUAUAGAGAAGACUGUCGUGCUUCCUGGGUACAGCAGCUUCCUCAUCACAAGCAUUUUAGAUAAUAAGAAUGCAUUAGCCAUUGCUACCAUGCCUGAAAGUGCACCCAACAAUAUGACCUUUCUAAAGAGCACAUGGUUCUUAUACAACUUUGGGCAAAGGAAUGGACGAACAUGGAAAAUAUAUUCAAAACCAUGUAAUUAUUGGUUUCAACAUGAUGAUUCACCAUCCCUCAACAUCGUGAAAUACAUUGAUCUGGGAAACUCUCAUGUUUUAAAAGCUAAGGUCAUACGGAAUGCAAAAGGUUUUCGAAUGCUUGAAAUACCACUGCUGACUGUGUUUGUUGGAAACCCUAAUUUGUUGGAAGUUAAAGCUGAAGUCACUUUUGAUGAUACUGACAGUUAUCUAAUAACAAUUUCUGCAGCUAGCAAAGUUUUACAUCAGGGUUCAACUUCACUGGCAUUUAUUAUGUGGUCAGCCUCUACUGAGUGCUUUGUUACGACAAUGGUGCCAACACUGAAAAGCAGCUGUAGUUAUCUCAGAUCUAUGCAUCACAUUCCUAGCAAAUUUAUCCCAUUGGAAGACUGGAUUAGUGGAGUUCAUAAAGACAGUCAGGGUUUUAACCUCAUCAAAACUUUGCCGAUAAACUACAGGCCUCCAUCUAAUAUGGGAAUUGCUAUUCCACUCACAGAUAAUUUUUAUCAUGCAGAUCCUAGCAAACCCAUACCAAGAAACCUGUUUCACAUGUCAAAGAAAACUGGUAAAUUCAAACAGUGUGCUAAUGUUUCCACUCGGGAGGAGUGUAACUGCACAAAGGAUCAGAAGUUUUCACAUGCUGUUGCUUUCUCAGAUUGCAGGGAAAAAGUUCCUCGCUUUAAGUUUCCAAUUACACAAUAUCCAGUUUCUUUGGAAAUUAUCAACGAGGAUGGACGUGUCCCAUUGCAAUCUCCAUAUCUGGUUACUGUGACUGAAGUGAACAUGAGGCACAACUGGAAACUGAAACACACUGUGCCAGAAAAGAUUAAAAGAAUGAAACAAUUAGUAGAACCAAUUCUUGGUGCUGUAGUGUAUAAUCCUUCAGGUCUCAACUUAAGCAUAAAGGGCUCUGAACUUUUCCACUUUAGAGUGACCGUCAUUUCAGGAGUAACUUUUUGUAACUUAAUUGAAGAAUUUCAGAUUUAUGUUGAUGAGGCACCAUUGCCAUUCCCAGGACACACGCUUAUUGCCGUGGCAACAGCGGUGGUGCUAGGGGGAUUAAUUUUUAUAGCAUUUAUGUUUCAACUGCGUGGCAUCCAUCCGUGGAGGACAUUCCAAAGAUGGAUUAGAAGAAACCAAGCGAAGUUUUCAAGUAUCUCUCUCAGUGAGCUAAUUCAUAGAUGAAAGUCUAAAGAGUGAACACAUGGUCAUCAUAAUUUCUCUUUUUUUUCUA